AUGAACCUCAAAAACGAUGUUCUCCCAUACCAACCAAUGCUCAAAGAAUCAAUCAACCGUUUCUUCGCCGAAUACCGAAGAGGUGUCACCGACUUCGCCGAUUUCUCCUCAAUCUUCUCCCGAAUGCUCCACACAACUCCAAACCCUCCCAUCCAAAUCCUAUGGUUCUACGCUGCUCUUGAUUUUCACACUUCGCGUUUCCGACAACCUUCGAGAACAAUUUCCGCCGUUAAGGAUCUCUUCCGCGUACUCGUUUCCUGUUCUGCUACCUGCGGGUCUAUGACUAGAAUCGCUGCACUUGCACCCUUGCUCUUCGAGUUGUGCCGGUUAAUGCUUCGCGAGAGAGAGUUGAAGAGCGAGGUGGAGAGUUUAGUAGAAGCUGUUGUUGGUUAUAUAAGCAUUUUGUGUGGUAAUAAGGAGGUUUAUGAUGAUGACGUGGCGGUUUUGGAGGGUGAUUUUGUGGAUUUGAUAACGGUUUGGAUGGUUGAUGAUUGUGAUGGGGAUUGUGUUAAGGGGUUUUUCCCCUUUGUGAGUGAUCGGUUUCGGAAGGGGAUUGAGAUGGGUUGUGAGGUAGGGUUUUUAGCUGGUGUUGUUAUGUGUGAAGCUUUUUUGUUGAAAAUGUGUUUGGGGUUUGAGGCGGGGAUUAGCAAGGUGGAGAUGGAGGAGAAGUUGCUUGCUUCAGCGGUUCAGACCAUAACUGGGUUUCGGAGUUUUCACUUUUUGGAUACCCUUUUCAGGAUGAUGUUGGAGCCAGUUUUACCAGUGAUCUCUCUACUGGGUUCUGAAAAUGAAGUUCUUUUAAAAGACGCCCUGUACAAUUCUGUGAUGACAAUGGAGUAUUCAUUCAUUAAUCCUCAAGCAGGAUUUUCUCUACAUGCCGACAUCUUGAAAGAUUUUGCUAUUACUUGGCUGUUUGUUGCUGAGUUAGCUGUACAGUCCGCAAGGGAAAAAGGUGAUCAGGGGAAAACUAUGUCUUAUGUAAAUGCCUUCUGCAGAUCCUGUAUGCCAAUUCAAUUGAUCAACUGGGUUACUAGUCAAAGAUUCGAUGGUAGAAAGAUCAGCAGACCAAAUGUUUCCACUCCCAUAGCUCUUAUAAAGUGGCUUCUAGUUGUUGAGGAGCAAGGAUUGGCAGUGUUUGGGGAUGAAACUGCCAAGCAUCAUACAAAAGAUAACUUUUUCACUUCAAGAACCGAGUGCUUACUUCCAGUGAUCAAACAUUUCUUUAACAAGCUGGACAAGAAUCUCUUUUUGAAUUCUAUACAUGAGCGUGAAGCUGUGGCAGAUAAACUUGAUGGUGACAUAGAGAUGCUUGAUAAUGUGGACACCACAAGUUUCACUGCUGAUGAUGAUGCUCAUGGGUCAAGAAAGCGCAAAGAAGGGAUUGAGGAUGAUAAUAAAACACAGAUAAAGUUUAUGAGAUGUCAAUUUCAUGAGAAUUCGGUCAGAGAAAACUCAAUUAUAUUCAGGCAACAAUGA